CAACGACAUAAACAACCUUCAUUGUAGAAAAAAAGGGUAUUUUUAAGCCUUUGAAGUUAAGAAAAACAAUUUGAAAGUAACUUUUACAAAUUUGGGACGUUUCUUACAAAGCAAAAGGAGCGUAGAAAACCAAUGAACCCUCACGUAUCGAAUUCACCCAGUAAUUUCAAACGCGAAAAUGUAUACGAAUUAUCUGGCGACUUACUGGAUCCUCAAGAAUUGAAAAGUUUAGGAGUUAGCGGACGCAUCAUUUAUGUGUUACGGCAUUUACCGUUCAAAUCAACUAUUCAUGGAAAAAAUCGUACAUGGGAAUUCAAAGGCCGCCGAGGAGCCACGACGAUGUAUUCCAGCAUGAAUUGGCUUGCAAACUCCACUUAUUGGAAGACGAAACUUGUGGGAUGGACGGGUGCGAUCCCGACGGUGUCUGAUGACUCGAAUGAGGAGAAUGCGGAGCCUGUAACGAAACUUACUAAAAAAGAUUUGAAAAAUUUUGAAAAUGCCUAUAAAGAAUGGAAUUCUGACAAGCGUACUGAGGAUGUCCCAGUUUGGCUUACUAAUUCUUUGAGUAAAGGAGAAGAUGACGAAGAAGUUGUCCUUUGUGAGAGCCGUUCUUCUCAAUCUCGCUGGCUUGCUUAUGCUGAAAAUGUGAUUCGUCCCUUAAUCCAUUAUAAAUAUUGGCCCAGCACAGAAGUGGAUGAGAACGAAGAGCAAUGGUGGAACGACUAUGUCACCAUGAAUAAAGCCUUUGCGGAGAAAAUAUAUGAGUCGUAUACCCCAGGUGAUUUAAUUUUCAUACAGGAUUAUUCUCUCUUUCUUGUUCCCAAGUUUUUGCGCGAAAAACUCUCUGAUGCUGUCAUUGCCUUUUAUCAUCAUCACCCCUUCCCAAGCUCUGAAAUUGCAAGGUGCUUCCCUAGACGUAAUGCCAUCCUUCAUGCUUUAUUAAAUUCUGAUUUUGUUGGAUUCGAGGAUUAUUCUUACGCUCGCCAUUUUAUCAGCUGCUGUAGCCGUGUUAUAGGUUUAGAAAGUGGACAUGAUUGGGUUGCCUAUGAUUCCAAACGAGUUAUAAUUCGUCCUCUUACUGUAGGAAUUGAUGUUCCACGAAUUAUUCGAUCAAGUGGCAAUGCUGCUGUUUCAGCAAAAGUUGAAGAGCUCACGUCGAAAUUUGCGGGUAUGAAAGUUAUUGUAGGUCGCGAUCGUUUAGACGAAAUCUAUGGUGUCCCUCAAAAAAUUCUUUCAUUUCAGCGCUUUUUAAGGCAAUAUCCACAGUGGCGUGGCAAAGUUGUUUUAGUUCAAAUCACGAUUUCUUCGGCUUUCCGUCAUCCAAAGCUCUCUUCUCAUAUUCAUAGGCUUAUUGAUCAAACAAACUCUCUUUAUGGCUCCGAGAAUUAUGCUCCAAUUAUUUAUUAUGAAGAUCAGAUAGAAGCUGUUGAUUUUUUUGCUCUUCUCACGUUUGCCGACUCUCUCUUCAUUAAUAGCAUUCGUGAGGGCAUUAGCAAUAUUGCAUUGGAGUAUGUUGUCUGCCAAAGAGAUCGCUAUGGUGUAGUAAUGCUGUCAGAAUUUACAGCUACGUCCGCGUUGUUGCACGACGUUCCUCUAAUUAACCCGUGGGAUCAUAAUGAGACUGCAGAUACCAUAAAUGAAGUCUUAAAUAUGUCUGUUGAGCAGAGAAAAAAUAUUCAACACGAGUCUUAUAAGCAGGUCACAACUCAUACGAUGCAGGCAUGGACCUCUUCAUUAAUUCGUACUUUGGCUAAUAAAUUAGCUGCGGCAAAAUCUGGUCAGCUGACACCAGUCUUGGUUUCUGAUAAUGCUAUCUCUUUAUACAAAGCGGCUUCUCGUCGUUUGUUCAUGUUAGAUUACGACGGUACCUUGACUCCUAUUGUUCGAGACCCAAAUGCGGCUAUACCAUCCGAGAAGUUAUUAGAUAGUCUCAAAAAGCUUGCCGUUGAUGAACGAAAUCAGGUAUGGAUUAUUUCUGGUCGUGAUCAACAGUUCCUGCGACAGUAUAUGAACGACAUUAAAGGCCUUGGUCUUUCUGCUGAGCAUGGCAGUUUUGUUCGUAAGCCUCACAGCGAUGAAUGGACGAACUUGGCAGAAUUGCUUGACUUGUCUUGGAAGGAAGAUGUUAAACGGAUUUUUCAAUAUUUUACUGAUCGUACCCAAGGUUCCUUUAUUGAAGAAAAGCGUUGUGGUAUGACUUGGCAUUAUCGCAAAGCUGAUCCUGAAAAUGGAUCGUUCCAAGCACUUGAAUGUGAAGCAUUAAUUGAAGAGAUGGUCUGCUCGAAGUAUGAUGUUGAAAUCAUGAGAGGUAAAGCGAACAUUGAAGUACGACCCUCAAGUAUAAAUAAAGGUGGUAUUGUUAAACAGAUUCUGUCUUCUUUCUCUGAUGAUUCUAUCCCAUCUUUUAUUUUUUGCGCUGGCGAUGAUAGAACAGAUGAGGAUAUGUUUCGCUCUUUACAUAAAAAUGGCAAUCGUUUCCAUGAGAAAUCCUCGUUUACUGUUACAGUUGGUUCUCCACAUAAGCUUACGGUAGCCGAUUGGUGUAUUCCUGAAGCUCAAAAUGUUGUAGACUUUCUUGCUGAUCUUGCUAGCAUUACUGACUGAACAAUAGCAAAUCUGGUAUUAUGAAUUCAGUAAAGCAAAUAUUUAUUCUUAUUAUAUGAAGGGACUAGCAAUGAAUUGAGUUUUGCUCUGUGAAGGUCUCUAAUAUCAGCUAUAAAAGGACCUUAUUAAUAGUACUAAGUUAUUAUCGGUGUUUAUGAUGAUUCCUACUCAGUUCAAAUUUGUGAAUUUAAGUUCGAUGUUAUAAAAAAGUUCUCUUUAGUGAUCUGUUAGUUGAAUAAAAAACAUUAACGUCUAUAUAAUAUAUUAAAAACUUGCUCUUUUUAUCCUAGAAAUAACGAAAUGAUAGAUUAAUGAUUAUAUACAAGAACAAAGCA